GGCCCGCGGUGGACAGUUGCUGCUGGGGUCCUGAGAGCGGGGCAGUGCCAGAGCCAGAGCCAGAGCCGGGAGUCGGACGGCGGGAGCCGGGAUGGGCACCCCAGUGAAAGAUGUGGUUCUCAAAGCUGAUGCUCCCGCAGUUCUGUUACUGGACAAACAUUCUGAUUACAUCGCCUCAUAUGGAUCGAAGAAGGAUGAUUAUGAGUACUGCAUGUCGGAGUACUUGAGGAUGAGUGGAAUCUACUGGGGUCUGACAGUGAUGGAUCUGAUGAGGCAGCUGCACUGUAUGAACAAGGAGGAAAUCCUACAGUUUGUUAAGUCGUGUCAGCACGAAUGUGGGGGAGUUGGAGCCAGCAUAGGCCAUGAUCCUCACCUUCUCUAUACCCUGAGCGCUGUGCAGAUCCUUUCUCUCUAUGAUAGUCUUCAUGUCAUUGAUGUUGACAAAGUUGUUCAAUAUGUUAAAGGCCUCCAACAAGAAGAUGGUUCCUUUGCUGGUGACAAAUGGGGUGAGAUAGACACCAGGUUUUCCUUCUGUGCUGUAGCAACGCUGGCACUUUUGGGAAGACUUGAUGCCAUCAAUCUGGAUUCAGCAGCAGAAUUUGUUUUAUCCUGUAUGAACUUUGAUGGAGGAUUUGGAUGCCGACCAGGUUCUGAAUCUCACGCUGGACAGAUUUACUGCUGCACGGGGUUUCUGGCUAUCACAGGCCAGUUGCACCAAGUUAAUGCUGACUUGCUGGGCUGGUGGCUCUGUGAGCGGCAAUUACCAUCUGGGGGCCUCAAUGGACGACCUGAGAAGUUGCCAGAUGUUUGUUACUCAUGGUGGGUGCUGGCCUCUCUGAAAAUCAUUGGGCGACUGCACUGGAUCGACAAGGAUAAAUUGAGCCGAUUUAUCUUGGCCUGUCAAGAUGAGGAGACUGGUGGAUUUGCAGACCGGCCUGGAGAUGUGGUUGAUCCCUUCCACACGUUGUUUGGAGUGGCAGGCCUCUCCCUGCUGGGUGACCAGCAGAUUAAGCCUGUUAACCCAGUGUUUUGCAUGCCAGAGGAUACCCUGCGGAGAAUUGGCAUCCAGCCUGAGCUGCUGUGCUAAAAGGAAUCAAAAGUCUCUUCUCGGUGCUGUUUGAAUGCUAAUAUGGACAGAUCCUGAUCAAUGUUUAACAGAGGGUACUUCAACACCCACCAUUUCAUUCUGGGUUUGGCAAUAAUUUGUAGGUUUUAUCUGUUAAGUGGAAUCAGUUUGUUAAUGGCAUGGUUUCUACCCUGUAUCACUGCUCCAUGGGAUGGUGGAUGUGUAACACUGCACUUCACCGAUCACUUAACUUCAAUCAUGGCAACCAGUUGCAUUUCCAGGUGGUCAUUGUGACAUACCUGCUGACUUACACACACUAAUGCCCUUUUUCCUAUUUUAAAUUGUUCUGUGUGAUAUAUAUAUAUAAUCAUAUACAUAUAUACAAAUAUAUAUUAUUUAUAUGCUUACGUUUUCUCUAUUGGUGAUCUAUAGAGAAGAGGUAGUCUCUGGACAAUAUUAUAAUUACAGAGGUGUGUAAAUCACUGUUGAAUUGCACGGGGCUCUAAUGCAAAAUGAAAGCCAAAGACCCUUGAGGUAGGAUUGUGGUUUUGUUUUAUUUUACAUCCAAAUUUUAAUAAAUUAGUUUUAAUUUGUGAGCUAUUAGUCAGCCUUGGUUCAUAGCCCUCUCGCCCAUUCAGCAGGUUGAAGAUUCAAGCCCCAAUCCAGAUACAUGAGCACAUAAUCUCUGGACUGCCAGAGGUACAGUCUUUCAGAUGAGACGUUAGACUGAGGCCCCUUCUGUCCUGUCAGGUAGAUGUAAAAGAUCCACAGUUAACGAAAGUCGCUGUAGUCCCAGAGGACCAUAGGCUGCUCUCUCAUCAGAGAGAGAUGACUGGUGUUGAGUUUAACCUGAGGAUCACCACACCUCAGGUGAGGAGCAAGGUUGAGAAGGCAGGGUCUUCAUGGAUGACCUCGGCCGGUACGGGAAUCGAACCUGCACUGUUGGCAUCACUCUGCAACACAAACCAACCGUCCAGCCAACUGAGCUAACCGACCCCGUUCCACAGUUACUAUUUGGAAGAAGAGCAGGGGAGCUAUCCCUGUGGUCCUGGCCAAUAUUUCUUUGUACACCAAUUGUCACUAAAACAGUGUGUCUGGUUAUUAGUGCUGUUUACAGGACCUUGCUGUGUGUGGAUUGGCAGUUGUGUUUUCUGACACUACAGCUUCUCAGAAGUACUUCAUUUGCAGUGAAGUGUUUUGGGAUAUCCUGAGUCCAUGGAACGUGCUGUAGAAAUUUUUUCUUGUGAAAUUUUGGUUUAGCCUUGAGACUUUUGGUUAUAAGAUAAACACACAGCUACUUUAUUUGCUAUCAAACUAGCAAUGUGGACCUGGCUGUCAAGCUGCAGUUAACUUUCAGUGCUCCCCAAGAACAUCUGGAGAGGAGUGGGUGAGCGGAACAUUUUAUUAAUUUUAAGAAAUGUUUAAAAGUCUCUGCAUUGGUGGAAAAUGUUGAAAUAUGUUUUUCCAUUUCUAUACGAAUGAGUUACUUUGUUCUAUAACACUGUCCAAAUACUGACAAUGCAAAUUGGCAGGCGGUACAUUUUAUUUCAAGUUGUAGUUGUUUUGCAUAUUAUGAAUAAAGCCCUAUAGUCCAGAGAUCAGUUAAACCUUUGUAAGAAAGUUAGUCUAUUGAGGUACGAUACCAUGUUUACAGUGCAGCUUCUUAUUAAAAAUCUCUUUUUGUUUGUUUUUCUGCCCCUGGCUUAGGUGAUUGUGAAGAGAGGUCUGGGCAAGCUAAUGUCAAAUAAAAUGUGGUAGCAGAUAGGAGGAAAAGCAGCUGUUGCUGCAGGGGAGAAGGGAUAAUGGGGAGCGUUUGAAUAGUCUAAUUGAAAGGAUAAUAAAGGAAUUGAAAGGAGCUAGAAGGUUAAACUGGAAACAAAAACAGGAAAUGUGAAAUGUGCCAUGGGAGGAACUGAAAAUACCAUUGGAGGCACUAAAGUAAAACCUAAAGCAGCGGGGACAACAGUUAAGCUAUAACAUUGGUGCUAGGGGAGGAGAGGGGGAACUUGCAGUUUAAUCAUUUUACAGUCUACUGGUAUUUUGUGUUUUUAUUCUUUUUUGGCCUGGGAUGGGAAAUAUUUCUGAUUGCUGAGUCUUAAAACAAAUAAAAUAACACAGUGCUCUUCCACGAAAGUUGAUAUUUCUUUUUACAAAUAAUUCUUUUGAGGCCCAUAUUCCCUUUGCAGCUUUGAGCCACUGGAAUGGAGCUGCUCUUCUUUGUAAACUCUUGGAAAAAUACAUGUUCAUAACUUGAAUAAUACCCAAUAGAAGUGGAAGAGCAUAUGGGUAGUCAUGUUAAACUGAAAAAUUGUAAUGUUUUGUGUGAUAUGCUGUAAUCCUACAAUGACCAAUGUAAAGAAUUCUGCUUUUAAUUUUGCCAACUUUAUUUCCGUUCAAUAUAUUUAUUUCAGAGUAAAGAAUGCAUAUUUGUCAUGAUUUAUUUGCAGUAAUGUGAAGAGGAUUUAAAACUAGCAAAUGUCUCAUUGGGAGAAUGUAUUUGCUAAUUUUACCUGAGUGUUUCAGGAAAACACAACUGCUGUGAUUGUGAGCAUCCUGUGUUGUACAGAAGUAAUUUUAAAGUAAAGUUGCAGGUGAUUUUUCUUCCCUGGCUCUCAAAGGAGAAACAGAUUGAUUAUUGUGGGACUAAUGCUCACUUGUGUGUGCUCUUUCGCUGUCCCUCUUGCUUGCUUUCUGUCUCACUUUCCCCCCCCACUUGUCGUGCUCUUCGUCACUAAAUUUGUUCUUGAUGGCUAGCUAAUCUCAAUCUUGGAAAUACAAAAAUUAAAAAAAUAAAUCCACACCGUUCCUUAGUGCAUAAGGGAAACAUCACUAACAUUCCUCCAAUAUGUGGUGGAUAUGACAUGUAAUCAUAAAUUUAAAAACAACUGCCCGAAAUACACUGCGGGUCAGGUGACAUAUGUGGAAUGUGUUGUGAUGUGAUGUGCAUAUGCUCUAAAGGGUGCGAUUCUUAAAUUACUGUCACUCAUUACCCAUUUCAACAGGAUGUGAUGUGUCAGUCCCAGGACUUGUAGUCAGUCUGGAAACAAGUGCUUGAAGUCAGACUUGUGCUUCUGUCUCCCAGUGAACAUUAUCUGUAUAUAAUCUUAUCUUCAAGUAAAGAACCCAUAUUAUUGUUUCGCUAA